AUGGCACCUCGCGGCGCGGAUAAGCGUGUCAAUCUCGCCGUUGCCAGAAUCAUACCUCCCAUCUUGGUCGGUGUGUUUGGUUAUGCCACUUAUGCUAUCACGAAACCAUUAUGCGUCGACUACCUCUUACAUCCUGCUCGCCAUUAUGAUCGAAGGCCUCGAACUGGCGCUGGCGCCGCUAUACUCGCCGUAUAUUACGUCCUGCUUAUUCCUGUAUUGGUCACGUACCUCCGACUUUUGUAUAACGUUGUCUUGAACCCCGGUUAUCUGCCGCGGGGUAAAGCAUGUCCUCGGAAUCACACAGACAGUGAGGGCUCAAAGCACCGUCAUCGAAGACAUCAUAGGAGGAAGAGUGGACAUCAUCGUCCCAAAACGACGGAGAAAACUGAUAGAUCUGACAGAGGCGACGUCGAACGAGGACUUGAGUACAAUGCGGGAGCAAAGGCAUACCCUCUGGAUGCAGAAGGACUGGAGAGCUUCUACACCAAAGAUGUCUUUGUUUGUCAGCCGGAUGGGAGACCAGUGUAUUGCUCCACGUGCUGUCAGUUCAAGACAGACAGAGCCCACCACUGUCGAGAGGUUGACCGAUGUGUCCGUAAGAUGGAUCAUUUUUGCCCAUGGGUUGGCGGUGUAGUCUCGGAGACCUCGUUCAAGUUUUUUAUCCAAUUCAUCGUUUAUACAAUGUUCUACUGCAUAUUUGUUCUUAUCGUCUUUGCGAUAUAUACUGCCGAGCUCAAACGGGAGGCCGGAAGAACCAAUGCUCAUUGGAUUGUCUGUCUCGCACUGAGUUCUCUUUUUGGUUUUUUCGCCUUUGGAAUGACCAUAAGCUCUGUGCAACUUGCCGUGUACAAUCUGACGACGAUUGAGAACCUCAACCGCCGCUCGGCAGUGUGGACCUUGGCAAUCCGCGUGCCAAGGCACAUCCUCAGCAAACGCUGGGCACCAACGUUCCGUACAAUCACCUACCCCCUCCCGCCUGUUCCUCCAGCGGAAUCAGAAGUCGCGCGGGAAUUCCCAGUCGGAGAGCAGCAUGUGUUCGCAAUCCUACAAACCCUACCGGGAGAAAACCCAUUUGACCUUGGAAGUCCACUCAAAAAUCUACAGCAGGUAAUGGGAUUUUCUCUGUUCGAGUGGCUUCUCCCUAUUAAGCACAGCCCUUGUGCGGACCACAGUAAUCGCGAGAGCGCCUUUGCCCUGGGACCGGUUGUGACAAGGUUGAAGAAAGAGGCUGGGUUAGAACCUCCCACAGAGUCGGAGAACCCUGCGGGUGCCGAAGACAUACCUCAGCAUGGACAAAGACGGGGAAAACAUAGACGGCGUAAUUGA